AUGCGGGGCCGGCGAGGCAGGCCGCCCAAGCAGCAGCAGGCGGCGGCGGCGGCCGGCGCUCAGGCGAGCUCCCCGGCUCCGCCCGCCCCGGCGGGCCCCAUUGGGGGGCUGCGCUCCCGGCAGCGGGGCAGCAGCCGCGGCAGGUGGGCGAGCUCGGCCCAGGCGGAGACGGCGGGGCCCAAGCAGAAGGGGGCCGGGGCUGCCCAGGCCUCUUCCUCGGCCUCCACCUCCCCCAGGGGGGGCAGCAAGAGGAAGGGAGGCAGCAGCGGCAGCAGCACCCCUGGUGGGGGAGGCAGCAGCGGUAAGGGCAGGGGCAGGGCCGGGGCUGGAGGAGCAGGGGGAGGAGGCGGAGGAGGCAGCUGCACCAGCCAAGGCAGGGCUGCCUCGUCCAGGAGGAGCAUCAGCAAAGUGGUGUACGACGAUCAUGAGAGCGAAGAGGAGGAGGAGAGCAUGGUGUCCGAGGAGGAAGAGGAGGGAGACCCCGAGGAUAACCAGGACUCUGAGGAGGAAGAAGAGGAGGAGAUCAUGGAGGAGGAGGACGACGACGACUCAGACUACCCCGAAGAGAUGGAGGACGAAGACGAUGCCAGUUAUUGCACUGAGAGCAGCUUCAGGAGCCACAGCACCUACAGCAGCACCCCAGGUAGGAGAAGACAAAGAGUGCAUCGUCCUCGAUCUCCAAUUUUGGAAGAAAAAGAUAUCCCACCUUUGGAGUUUCCUAAAUCCUCAGAGGACUUAAUGGUGCCUAGUGAGCAUAUAAUGAAUGUUAUUGCCAUCUAUGAGGUACUAAGGAACUUUGGCACUGUUUUACGCCUCUCUCCUUUUCGUUUUGAGGACUUCUGUGCUGCUCUGGUAAGUCAAGAGCAGUGCACACUUAUGGCAGAGAUGCAUAUAGUGCUUUUAAAAGCAGUUUUACGUGAAGAAGACACUUCAAAUACUACCUUUGGACCUGCUGACCUCAAAGAUAGCGUUAAUUCCACUUUGUAUUUCAUAGAUGGAAUGACGUGGCCAGAGGUUCUGCGAGUAUAUUGUGAGAGUGACAAGGAAUACCAUCAUGUUCUUCCUUAUCAAGAGACAGAGGACUAUCCUUAUGGACCAGUAGAGAAUAAAAUCAAAGUUCUGCAGUUCUUAGUGGAUCAGUUUCUUACAACAAACAUUGCUCGUGAAGAGUUAAUGUCAGAAGGUGUUAUCCAGUAUGAUGAUCACUGUAGGGUUUGUCACAAACUUGGGGAUUUGCUUUGCUGUGAAACUUGUUCGGCCGUGUACCAUUUAGAGUGUGUGAAACCGCCUCUCGAAGAGGUACCGGAGGAUGAAUGGCAAUGUGAAGUCUGCGUGGCACAUAAGGUGCCUGGAGUAACUGACUGUGUUGCUGAAAUCCAAAAAAAUAAACCAUACAUUCGGCAUGAACCCAUUGGAUACGACAGACAUAGAAGAAAAUAUUGGUUCCUGAACAGAAGAAUUAUUAUAGAGGAAGAUUCAGAAAGUGAGAAAGAUAAGAAAAUUUGGUACUAUAGCACAAAGAUACAGUUGGCAGAGUUGAUUGAAUGCCUAGACAAAGAUUACUGGGAAGCUGACCUAUGCAAAACUCUGGAAGAAAUGCGUGAGGAAAUCCAUCGGCACAUGGACGUGACAGAAGACCUCACUAAUAAAGCACGGGGCAAUAAUAAGUCCUUCCUUUCUGCAGCAAAUGAUGAAAUAAUGGAGAUUAUCAGAAUAAGAAAAGGAGAAGUUGGAGAAGUUAAAAGCAUAUCUGCCGAUGAAGCAGAAAAAGCCAGAAGUGAUGUUGAGGAUGGCCAGGCAGAUACUGAGAAAAGCAAGGAAGAAUCUGCAGAUCAGGAUAAAACUGAAGAAACAUCCACUGAGCAAGAUGAAGAAAAAGUGAGAACAGAAGAGGCAACAGUCGUUGGGGAUAAAAGUAACUGUGUGACAUCAAGCACUGACGACAACAACACAAAUCCUGCAGGAGACACUAGUUGCUCUGAAGGGAAGAAUGCAGUGGGGUGUCAGUCAGAAACCCUUGAUAGCAACAACGUGGCAGAGAAGAAGGUGGCAUCAGAGCUCCCUCAGGAACUCUCAGAGGAGACUGGUCAGAUGAUCUCUACCAACAGCAGUAGCGCAUCCACUGCACCUCUGCACUCAGAUUUUGAAAACAGCAACAGCAACGAGUUGAGCUCUCUGCAGAAUGACUCCUUUAAGACAUCUGAUGAUGCUGAAAAUGUGGAGAGGGGAUCUCAGGAUUCAGAGGACUUAGGAGAGAAAUCUAAUGGUGAAAGAAGUGACUCUCCAAGCACAGGAAGAGGUGCCCCAGGUUCAACACGAAUGCUCACAAGAUUACGAAAUCCGGAUAGCAAGUUGUGCCAGAUGAAAAAUCAGCAGAAUCAGCAGAAUCAGCAGAAUCAACAGGUUGCUACUGCAGCACAUGAAGCAAAUAAGUUGAAUAAAGAAAGCAAAGAGGUUCCCUCAACUGGUGGCCAGUUGGUAGUCAGCUCUCCAAGUGAUGUCUCCCGAAUGAAUCCAAAGAAGGAAAUAGUGCUGAAAGGAAAUAUGAACAAUUAUUUCAAAUUAGGACAAGAGGGGAAGUACCGUGUUUAUCAUAACCAAUAUGCCACUAAUUCAUUUGCAUUGAACAAGCACCAGCACAGGGAAGACCAUGACAAGAGGCGACAUCUCUCACACAAAUUCUGUCUGACUGCUGCUGGAGAGUUCAAGUGGAAUGGGUCUGUACACGGCUCCAGAGUUCUCACCAUAUCCACUUUGAGGCUAACUAUUAUUCAGCUAGAAAACAAUAUCCCGGCAUCGUUCCUUCACCCUAACUGGGCUUCCCACAGGUCCAACUGGAUUAAAGCUGUUCAGAUGUGCAGCAAACCUAGAGAAUUUGCACUUGCUCUGGCUAUAUUGGAAUGUGCAAUUAAACCGGUUGUCAUGCUGCCAAUCUGGCGAGAAUCCUUGGGACACACUAGAUUGCGCAGAAUGACAGCACUAGAAAGAGAAGAAAAGGAGAAAGUGAAAAAAAAAGAGAGAAAACAAGAAGAAGAAGAAACAAUGCAGCAAGCUACAUGGGUAAAAUAUACCUUUCCUGUCAAACAUCAGGUUUGGAAACAAAAAGGAGAGGAAUAUAGAGUAACUGGAUAUGGUGGUUGGAGCUGGAUUAGUAAAACACAUGUCCAUAGGUUUGUCCCCAAACUACCUGGAAAUACGAAUGCAAAUUACAGAAAGUUGCUACCAACAAAGAAUGAAGAUAUGAUUAUUGAAAAAUGUGAUUCGGAGAAAAGGAGAAAUCCAGUAAGGAUAAAAACAGAGAAAGAUAAAAUGAAGAAUUCUCGUGAUGUGCAAGCAAAGGACAAAGCAGAUAUUUCUGAAACUUUGAGGAAAGUAAAAGAAGAAAAAAAGUCAAAGGAAGAAAAAGUAGAAAGUGAUACGAAUUCUGAAAAUUUAGAUCAUGCAAAAGCUGAAAAAGAAACGGAUAGUGAAAAUGAUAAAGUUGUCAAGGAAGAACCUAUGGAUAUAGAUGAUAUGAAAAUUGAAUCCCCCCUAAAAGAUGAGGAUAGUCUUUGUAAACGGGAUAUCAUCAAUGUCAGUGAGGGAUUUCAUUUAAGGACUUGCUACAAAAGGAAAGUAAAAACAUCAAAAUUAGAUGGGCUCCUUGAGAGAAGAAUAAAACAAUUUACAUUGGAAGAAAAACAGCGUUUAGAAAGGAUGAAACUGGAGGCUAGUGCUAAAACUGGAGGCAUUCGAUCCAUAAGUCCCCAGAAGAUCAUAGAUGAGCUAAAAGCAGGAAAGAUAAAAGGAAGCCAGUUCGACCUGUCUCCUGAAGACAGAGCCUGUAUUGUAGAUAAGACCCAAACUGAAGAUGCAGAGCAGGACUGCUUGCCCAUCAGUAGCAUCUCUAAUGCCAAAAGCAGCGAGCUAGAGGAGCUGUCUUUGCCUUCAGCAGAUAGACUAUCAAAAGGAGAAGCCCAGCUGCUGGAUGAAGGCUCCCCUCAGGGCUCCGAAGGUGAAAGCUCGGGUCAGAAUGACAGUAAACAAAACAACUCCGAACCUAUGACUACUGAUAAAUGUCAAGAGCAAGAGCUCCUUAAAGACUGUGAGAGUUCCUUAGUGGACGGCUUGAAACAAGCAAAUGCAGGAAGUCAAAUGAAAUGGGAUGUUUCAGAAACAAGAGCGAAACAAAAAUUACCUAUUACCAGGGUAUCUAAGGAUGAAUGUGGAAAUAUACAGUCAGAGGUAUCUGAAAGCAGCUGUGGAAAAGAUGUUUUGGCUGUUCUUGAAAAAGCAGAAGGAAAUUCAGAACAGCAGAGCCACGACCCAGAAAACAACUGUAUGAUAAAAAGCCAUUCUGAACCAACAUCCUUUCAAGAAGGUGAAAUGGAGGAAAAAACAGUUCUGAGAGAGACUGAAGGUAAAUCUGAAAAUAAGGUUGUAUUUCACCCAAAAUCAGUUGGUAAAGACCUAGAAGCAUUUAAAACAGAACUAAUAUCUGAAAGAAGUCAUGGAAGUCAGACUCUGGAACACAUGGAGGCAGCAGAAUCUGAUGAGGAGUCACUGGACAGCAAACUAUCUGAAACUAAUGGUAAAAAGAAAGGUCAGAAAUUGAAAGUGGAGUCAAGUACAGUAAGCAGAUGUCCUGAUCAGACAAAUCUAAACAGUGUUACUGACAAAAAGAAUAAUAAAAACACAUCUGAGACAGACGUAGAAAAAAAAUCACCACUUCAGGUGAAUGGAAAAGACAAUGACGUUAAAAUGUUCUCAAAGGAUGAAUGUUUAGUUAAAGACACCCAUGAGACUACAGCAGGAAGUGAUAUUGAAUCAAAAGUUAAUAACAUUAGUAAAUCCAUCCCUGAGCAUGAAAUGAAACCAUUGACUCUUAAGGAGACCUCAGUAAAACCAUUUAUGAACGGUGACAUCGUGGUGGAAGACACAAACAAUAAAAAUAACGUGGACCCUAAGUCAUGUUUGCAGAGUUCUCUAGAGUGUGAAUCUGGAGAGACUCUUCAGCCACCACAUGAAGUUCCUGAGUAUGUGAAGAAAGCUGAAGAGAAGCAGCUUUCUCCUGAAAAAUCCACCUUUGCUAGCACUGCUUCCACACCGACACGUGCACUUGGUAAAGAAAACAGCCUAAGUGGCGAAACAGAGUCUAUGGAAACCGAAGUCACUGAAGAUAAGAAGGUUGUUCCAUCGCCUGUGACAUCCUGUGAGGAAUCCAGUUUGAGUAGUGACUUUGCUGAUCAGAAUGGUCUACAGACCUAUAAAGUGGAAGAUACUAAUGGAGAAAAUAAAGUUAAAACUAUUAUCACUGAAGUGACUACCACAACAUCAACUGUUUCUACAGAAUCUAAAACUGUGCUUAAAGUUGCAGAGUCUGUAGCUGCUAAUGAUGGAAAAACAGUGGUAUCAUCUACGGAAAACUGUGCCAUAUCUACUGUAACUACCACCACUACUGUUACUAAACUUACCACUCCAACUACGGACAGCAGUGUCGAUGUCAUUUCUGUACAGGAGCAUAGCAAAACAGUAGUUACAACAACAGUAACCGAUUCGCUGACCACAUCAGAAGGCACAUUGGUGACUUCCAUGACUGUCAGCAAAGAAUAUUCUACAAAAGACAAGGUGAAACUAAUGAAAUUUGCAAGACCCAAAAAAACUCGUUCUGGAACUGCCUUGCCUUCUUACAGAAAAUUUGUUACCAAAAGCAGCAAAAAAAGUAUAUUUGUUUUACCCAAUGAUGACUUGAAAAAGUUGGCGAGAAGAGGAGGGAUCAGAGAAGUUCCUUAUUUCAAUUACAAUGCAAAACCUGCCUUGGAUAUUUGGCCCUAUCCGUCUCCAAGACCAACCUUCGGAAUCACUUGGAGGUAUCGACUUCAAACAGUGAAAUCACUGGCUGGAGUGAGUCUUAUGUUGCGGUUACUGUGGGCAUGUCUCAAAUGGGAUGAUAUGGCUGCAAAAGCUCCACCUGGGGCAGGAACUACACGGACAGAAACAUCAGAGACUGAAAUUACAACAACAGAAAUAAUCAAGCGGAGAGAUGUUGGUCCUUAUGGAAUCCGGUCAGAAUACUGUAUAAGAAAAAUUGUGUGUCCCAUUGGUGUACCAGAGGCUCCAAAAGAAACUCCAACACCUCAGAGGAAGGGACUACGAUCAAGUGCACUAAGGCCAAAAAGACCUGAAACCCCCAAGCAAACAGGCCCUGUUAUCAUUGAAAGUUGGGUGGCUGAAGAGGAAUUGGAAUUAUGGGAGAUCAGGGCAUUUGCUGAAAGGGUGGAGAAAGAAAAGGCGCAGGCAGUUGAACAGCAGGCUAAGAAACGACUGGAACAGCAGAAGCAGAUACCUAUUGCAGGUGUGGCCACCGCAGUCACUACAGCCAGCAGUACUGCAACUACUGUCUCCACUCCACAGAAGGUUGUGGUAGGCCCUUUAGCGGGUCCGGUUCCUACUGGAACCAAAGUGGUGCUUACUACAAAAGUGGGUUCUCCAGCUACAGUAACAUUCCAACAGAACAAGAAUUUCCAUCAGACUUUUGCUACUUGGGUUAAACAAGGCCAAUCUUCAACAGGUGUUGUUCAAGUUCAGCAAAAGGUAUUGGGUAUCAUUCCAUCAACUACAGGUGCAAGUCAGACAUUUACUUCAUUCCAGCCAAGGACAGCAACUGUAACAAUUAGGCCAAAUACCACAGGGACUUUAGCAACAACAAGCACUUCACAAGUAGUGCAAGGAACAUCACUCCGCCCUGGUAUGACAGUAAUACGGACACCACUUCAGCAAUCUACACUUGGAAAGACUAUCAUUCGAACACCUCUAGUGGUGCAACAAGGUAUUCUUCCAGCCAGUCAGACACAGCAGGUAGUGACUCAGAUAAUCAGGGGUCAGCCUGUGUCAACAGCAGUUUCGGGUACUAGCACAGCUUCUUCGAGUCCUGGGCAGAAGACAGUGACGUCUCCUGGCACCUCCCCACAGCCCAUACAGCCCCAAACAGCAUCGCAGCCCCCUCGCCCUCAGCAGGGACAAGUGAAACUCACCAUGGCCCAACUCACCCAACUAACACAAGGCCAGGGUGGCAGUCAAGGACUAACUGUAGUAAUUCAGGGACAAGGUCAAACUACUGGUCAAUUACAAUUAAUCCCUCAGGGUGUGACUGUAAUACCAGGUCCAGGACAACAGCUAAUGCAAGCAGCAAUGCCAAAUGGUACAAUUCAGAGAUUCCUUUUCACCCCACUACCACCAGCAGCUACUACAGCUAGCACCACUACAACAACAGUUUCCACUUCAACCUCAGCGACAGGAGAGCAGAAGCAAGCUUUACAGGCGCAACCAGCUUCAGCACUGCCAGCAAUUCAGCCGCAACCUCAGAGUCAACAGUCUCAGUCCCAAGAGCAGAAUCCAAGUGUCCCACCUGUACCACCAGCCCAACCAGAGGCACCUCAGCCACCACCCCAGCCUGAAACUCAGACCCAGCCUGAAUCUCAGACUCCGACAACUGUCGACUCUCCAGCCACACCUGAGGCGCAGACACCCAAGUCUCCAGUGACAGUUCAGUCUCCGACACAGACCCAGGCUCAAGGGCAAUCUCCAGUGCAAGUCGUGAGUCAGCCACAGACUGUCACCCCUCCACCAGGCCAGUCCCAAGUCCAGCCUCAACAACCAGCUCAGGUGCAGACUACAACCCAACAACAAAUUCAGAUGCAGCCCCCUGCUCCCUUACAAAUUCAAGCUCAACUGCAGCAAUCACAACCUCAGGUUCAGACUUCAGUCUCAACCCUUCCAACUACUCAAAGUUUAAAUCAGGUUCCUGUGCAAUCCCCAACUCGUCCUCAGCUGCAACUUCAGCAGCCUCCAACAAAAGUUAUUACAGUGCCUCAGCUUCAGCAACAAGUCCAAGUUCUCUCUCAGCUUCAGUCACAUGUUGUGGCUCAGAUACAAGCCCAACAAGGCAGUGUGCCCCAGCAGAUCAAGCUUCAGUUACCUAUUCAGAUUCAACAAACUAGCCCAGUACAGGCUCACCAGAUUCAGAAUGUGGUAACAGUUCAAGCAGCUAGUGUUCAGGAGCAGCUGCAGAGAGUUCAGCAGCUCAGGGAGCAGCAACAGAAGAAAAAGCAGCAACAGAUAGAAAUUAAACGUGAGCACACCCUUCAGGCUUCUAAUCAAAGUGACAUUAUCCAGAAACAGGUGGUUAUGAAACAGAAUGCUGUGAUAGAACACUUGAAGCAGAAGAAGACACUGACUCCAGCUGAGAGGGAAGAAAAUCAGAGAAUGAUUGUUUGCAACCAAGUAAUGAAAUAUAUCCUGGAUAAGAUAGAUAAAGAAGAAAAACAGGCAGCUAAGAAACGUAAGCGAGAAGAGAGCGUGGAACAGAAGCGUAGCAAGCAGAAUGCGUCCAAGCUCUCGGCUCUGCUUUUCAAGCAUAAAGAACAGCUGAAAGCUGAAAUACUGAAAAAACGAGCACUUCUGGACAAAGAUCUACAAAUUGAAGUGCAGGAGGAGCUAAGGAAAGACUUGACUAAAAUUAAGAAAGAAAAGGAAAAAGCACAGGCAGCUGCUGCUGCUGCGGCAGCAGCUGCCGCCGCUGCAGCCGCUGCUGCAGCCACUGCGCCCCCUCCACCGCCACCGCCGCCACUGCCACCACCACCACAGCAGCACGCAGCCAAUGUCACAUCCUCCUCCACCACUGUCCCGAUGCCGGUAUCCUCCCAGAAGAGAAAACGAGAGGAGGAGAAAGACUCAUCAGCUUCCAAGUCCAAGAAAAAGAAAAUGAUUUCUACUACCUCAAAGGAAACAAAGAAGGACACAAAGCUUUACUGCAUCUGUAAAACGCCUUAUGAUGAAUCUAAGUUCUAUAUUGGCUGUGAUCUUUGUACUAACUGGUAUCAUGGAGAAUGUGUUGGCAUCACAGAAAAGGAGGCUAAGAAAAUGGAUGUGUACAUCUGUAAUGAUUGUAAACGGGCACAAGAGGGCAGCAGUGAGGAAUUGUACUGUAUCUGCAGAACACCUUAUGAUGAGUCGCAAUUUUACAUUGGCUGUGACCGAUGUCAGAACUGGUAUCAUGGGCGCUGUGUUGGCAUUUUACAAAGUGAGGCAGAUCUUAUUGAUGAAUAUGUGUGUCCACAAUGUCAAUCCACAGAAGAUGCCAUGACUGUGCUCAGUCCACUAACUGAUAAAGAUUAUGAAGGUUUAAGAAGAGUUCUACGUUCCUUACAGGCUCACAAGAUGGCAUGGCCAUUCUUGGAACCAGUAGAUCCGAACGAUGCACCAGAUUAUUAUGGUGUAAUUAAAGAACCAAUGGACCUUGCCACCAUGGAGGAAAGAAUACUGAAACGUUACUACAAAAAAGUCACGGAGUUUGUGGCAGAUAUGACCAAAAUUUUUGAUAACUGUCGCUACUACAAUCCAAGUGACUCUCCUUUCUACCAGUGCGCGGAAGUUCUUGAAUCAUUCUUUGUACAGAAACUUAAAGGAUUUAAGGCAAGCAGGUCCCAUAACAACAAACUGCAGUCUACAGCUUCUUAGAGUUCAGCGUGUUAACCUAACACACGAGCAAGGAUCUGGUUGUCUGAAAAUUUUUAAUUAAGAAGCCAGAUGUUUUUAGUCAGGUUAUCCUGACAAGACUUGAUGUAAACUGCGUUUUUAUUGGUCACAGCAGUCAAAUUAUAUUCUUGGCUUAUUUUGUCCAAAGGACAAAGAAAUAAAAAUCAGCAGCACCACUUUCUUGUCAAGAUCAAAUUGUUGUACUAUUGUGGCAGAAGCAGGAAAACUUUGUUUUUUUGAAGGAGAGAGAGCAAGAAAAAAGAUACAGUAAAUGGGGUCAAGUUUAACUCCAUGGAAAUGCCACGUCUGUUCUUCAGUGAAGAAGCUGGUUUAAAGUCCACACAGAAAACUUUGACUGUAUUUAUUUAUUGUUGCAAAAAAGACGCUUUUUUAUUGCUGCCCUCAUUUGUCAGCUAAUUAUUUUUUCUUAUAAAAUCCAGUCCCGGUUACAUGUAAUCCAUUCUGUAUCUUAACAUGAUUCCUGUAGGUAAAAGUACAAGAAGACCUCUAGAUGCCUUUUCUUUCUAUGAAAGGAGCUGCUAUGUACACAUGUGCACACACACAGAGAACUGGGAAUCAACAAUGAGUUUAUCAUUCAUGGUAGAUAAAAACAAUUAAGCUUGCAUAAAAGUUGGGCUAAGUGGUCAUGGACUACAGACUCUGUUGCCUUGAAUAUAACAGUACAAUUUGUCAUUUACUCUGCACCAGACUGAGAUGAGUAAAAUCUAUUUGAAGGUAUCUUGUUUGUAAACAUUUGUCAGAUUCUAAUUUUUUUUCU